ACUCACGUAAUAAACAAACAUGGAUUGAUAUAGAAAAAGUGGCAUCCAUGGCGGGGCCGAGUUACCUUCAAUUCCAGGCUUUGUGUUGAAUUUCCUUAUAACAAUCAAAUCACCCUCACACACAGUGCAUCUGACAAUAACAACAUUGGGUGAAUCGGUGGUAAGGUAACAAAAAACAAAAGGCGCGGUUGUGUUGUGUGUUCCUUUUUAAUUUAACCUCGAAAGGAUGAAACAGCUCCACAAGCAAACGAGUCUGAAUCACCGGAGGGAGGAAGAGAUGCUGGGGAGCAGCGAGACCUCACCAUACUCCCCCAAAUCCAUCAAGCACACCAGAUCCCUCCCCAGAUCCAUCAACUACCUCCUCCGCGAGCAGCGCCUCUUGUUCAUCCUCGUCGGCAUCCUCAUCGGCUCCACCUUCUUCAUCAUCCAGCCCACUCUCUCCCGCUUGGGCCCACCCGAGCCGGUCCACACCUUCCUUCCCCGAACCGGGCUUGCCCGGUUCGCCGGCCCCGGGCCCCGCACGGGCCGCGUUCCUGUCGGGAUCGGCGGGAGAAGGCAGAGGAUCGUCGUCACCGGCGGCGCGGGCUUCGUCGGGAGCCACCUCGUCGACAAGCUCAUCGCGCGCGGCGACGACGUCAUUGUCAUCGACAAUUUCUUCACCGGAAGAAAAGAGAACCUGGUGCACCUGUUCGGGAACCCUAGGUUCGAGCUCAUCCGACACGACGUCGUUGAGCCGAUUCUGCUGGAGGUGGAUCAGAUCUAUCACCUCGCGUGUCCCGCGUCGCCGGUGCACUACAAAUACAACCCCGUCAAGACCAUCAAGACGAAUGUGAUGGGCACGCUUAACAUGCUUGGCCUUGCGAAGCGAAUUGGGGCUAGGUUUCUGCUUACUAGUACUAGUGAGGUUUACGGUGAUCCGCUGGAGCAUCCUCAGAAGGAGACUUACUGGGGAAAUGUCAAUCCAAUUGGUGAGAGGAGCUGUUACGAUGAAGGGAAGCGGACUGCGGAGACAUUGGCCAUGGAUUAUCAUCGAGGAGCUGGUGUUGAGGUUCGUAUUGCUCGAAUUUUCAAUACAUAUGGACCCCGCAUGUGUUUGGAUGAUGGGCGUGUCGUUAGCAAUUUUGUUGCACAGGCUAUUCGUAAACAACCAUUGACUGUAUAUGGUGAUGGGAAGCAAACAAGAAGUUUCCAAUAUGUCUCUGAUUUGGUUAAUGGGCUGGUGGCUUUGAUGGAAAGCGAACAUGUGGGACCUUUCAACCUGGGUAACCCUGGGGAGUUUACCAUGUUAGAGCUUGCUCAGGUUGUAAAAGAAACAAUUGAUUCAAGUGCUACAAUAGAAUACAAACCAAAUACUGCUGAUGAUCCACACAUGAGGAAGCCAGAUAUUAGCAAAGCGAAGGAACUGCUGAACUGGGAGCCAAAAAUCCCACUGAGAGAAGGGUUGCCUCUUAUGGUUAAUGAUUUCCGAAAUCGGAUUCUGAAUGAAGACGAAGGAAAAGGGAUGAAAUAAGCAUAAUAGCAAACCCUGUAUGUAUAUGGAGAUGAGCCUGUCUCCUUCAUUUUUUGUUCUAAUUUGCGGUCAGCAUCAACAGAAAAAUUCUGGUAACACGUCAAGAUAUAUCUACUGCUGGCCUUUUACAUUUAAUCAUUUAUGCUUGCUUAGCACACAAUUGAUGUAUUUGUUAAAUUUUGAAAGAAUUCUUUUCAGUAGUUUUUCUUGUCUAUUGUAUCGAUAAAAGUUGUAGUAUUUGAUAUUUGGAUUCUGGUAUCAUGAGAAUAUAUUUUUUUAGAAUA